UUAGGGCAUUUUAGAAGGUUGAUAUUUCUCCAUUACAUUAUUUGAGGCACUGCUGGCAUUCAGCUUCUGGAAUCUUUUGCCCAGUAGGGUAGACCUAGAUCGGGGGUCGGCAACCUGCGGCUCCCGAGCCAUUUGUGGCUCUUUCACCUCUGUGCUGCGGCUCCCUGUGGCUUUGGGAAAUAAUUGGUCAGUAUUUAAUUAAAAUGUAUUUUAUGUUAGUUUGUUAGCUUUUGAAAUGUAAUUAUGGUGAUCUUGUACAACCUAAGUGUAGCGACACAUUUCCUGCCACAUCCGAAACGGCUCACAAUUAGCCAGCAUUCCGGUUAAGGGAGAUAGCCUACGGGGGUUUGUGAGUACGCGUCUUUUGCAGCAUCUGCGUCCAUGGGGGCUGGGUUGAGGGAGGCUUAAAAGCAAGGCUGUUUAGUUCGAAUAAAGCUAUCUUUGACUGCAGUUUACUGACACCGCUACAACGUGUUUUUAUCGCUGGCUGUCCAGACGGAAGGUGCUGAAACGCUUUGUCGCGUGUCUGGAAGAAGUGAAAACUUUCCUGGGCAGCAAAGGGCUCACCUUUCCUGAGCUGGAACAGCCAGAGUGGCUGGAAAAGCUACACUUCAUGGUAGACAUGACAGCGCACCUGAACACGCUGAACACAGCUCUUCAGGGGAAAGGACGUACAGCCCUGCACAUGUUGGAGGAUGUUUUGGCAUUCGAGCGCAAGUUGACAGUGCUUGCCAGAGAUUUACAGAAAGGCACUUUGUCUCACUUCCCCAAUUUGAGAGAGUUCAAACAAGGUCACGACAUGAUAAUUUCGGAGUAUUUACAUUCUGCAAUCAUCGCAAUGCAAACAUCGUUUGGGAAACGCUUCUGUGAGUUCAGAGAGGAAAAAAACACAUUAUCCUUCCCGGUCACUCCCUUAAGCAUCGAUCCUUCCCUACUGAAUACGACUGCAUUGGCAGGUGUGAGUCAACCUGAUCUUGAGAUGGAACUGGCCGACAUAGCCGACAAAGACAUAUGGAUGUCCAAGUUUAGACGCUUGACAGCAGACCUUGAAGAUGUUGCCCGUCAGAAGGCCGUUCUUGCUCAGAAACACAAAUGGAGUGAUAUUGAAAACCUCACAGAUGACAGCUUGCGAUCCUGUGUAAAGAUGAAGGUGACAUCAUACAGCCCUGAUGUGCAGACGCUGUGCGCUGAGGUCCAGGAGCAGAAAUCCCAUUAACCAAGAUGACAGCUGGCUGACGUUAUUUUUGGUUUGCUGCUGGCGGAAAAUUUAAGUUCGGCGUUUUUCAUAAAUACAAGAAGGACUCAAAUAGACAUUGAAUAUUUUACUUAAAAGUAACUUUCAACCCAACGUCUUUUUUUCGGAGUUCAAAAUGUUUUUGUUGCAUGCAGAAAUGUAAUUUCGUUUUCUCUGCAGGGGUUCAUCAAUUUCAUAAAUGCAACACAUUAUAGUUUGUUUAUACAUAGCAUAAAGGCAAAAAAAACGUUGUAUGCAGUGUUAUUUCAUUUUAAAUGUCAAACGGGUUUUGCGGCUCCCAGUGUUUUCUUUUCUGUGGGAAACGGGUCCAAGUGGCUCUUUCAGUGGUAAAGGUUGCU